AUGUCUCUGACCGCACCGGCCCUUGUCGCGCUGCUCAACAAGGAGUUCAAGCCGAACAUGGAGGACAUCCUAGCCGUUUACGGCGAUGUCACCAUUGAUAAGAAAAUCAAAAACAUCAAAGUCAAAGAGGUCGAGCUCGACCAUGUCACACUUAUCUUUAAUCACGACGAUUUGGAAGUCGAGAUGCUUAAACCUAUUCCGUUUAAAAAGCCUUUGGAGAAUUACGAGCAGGUUCAGAGCCAUAUUCUCUCGAUGGCCCGCGAGGCAGCUCCGAAGAGAAAUGUCAGCCAUCUCCAGGUGCGGCAGGUUUGGUAUCCGCAGACGGCACUUGAGCGGAUCCUGGUGAUUCUGGUGUCGGUGAUGAUGGUGGCUAAGGGGUUCCCGAACUUGAUUUAUGAUGUGAUUUUGAGCCGUGUUCUGCCUGUUCCAAACGAGUGGAUUCAGUACGUCAAGCCGUACAACGAUUUUAUUCUCGUCACGACGGUGGCUCUGCACGCCAUCGAGGUAGCCAUUUUCCUGGUUCCGCGUUUUUUCAAGUACAGAGUGGCCCCUGACUACCAGAUCGAGUGGCUCGUGCUGACCACCGUCGAGGGCUAUCCGUCGAUCAGACGCUUUGACAGAAUUGUCGCCGAGCGGGCAAAGCUCUGGAAACACUACGAGGAGGGCGGGAAGCUCGUUGUGGACAAUAAUGAGUAG